GGCCAGACGCAGGGCGGGCGCAGCGGCGGGGGCGCGCGCGGCGCGGGGCCAGCCUCGCUUCUCCCGGGUCGCGGGCGGACGCGCGCCGCAGUCGGAGCCUGAGACGCGCGGGCGGAGGGGACCAGCGCAGGGGCCGCCGGGCCGGGGCUGACACGCACACACCCGCGCGCACACACCCGCGCACACACACACGCACACGCACACGCACACUCCGGCGUCGUCCAGCACCAGCGAUCUCGGUGCUUCCCAGGCUGAGCGGACCACCGGCUCCCGGGCUGAGCGGUGGGCGCGGCGCGAGAACGAAUUGCUAUUCUUCCUCAGCACCCACUACCUCUGUUUACCGAAGACUGACUAAAACUGCUCUCAGCUGUUGGCAUCAUCCCCAGGAAAGGACAGUUUCAGAACAUUAGGAAACAAUUGAGGGGACUCUUGGCCCAGCAGAUCUUCUGAAGAGCAAAGCUAAGGAAACUUUCCAGUUUAAAUAAUUAAAAAGAAGAAAAACUUCAGAUAAGAAGGUCUUCAAAGCUCCCUGCAUGAAAAUUAUUUAAACGUUGCACACAAAGCUUUUGUGAAAGAAGAAAAGAAAUUCGGUUGGUGAGUCUCAGCAGGAAUUAAGCUAAUGCAGCUUAAAAUAAUGCCGAAAAGGAAGUGCUUAUCUGCAGGCAGAGUGCCCCUGAUUCUCUUUCUGUGCCAGAUGAUUAGUGCACUGGAAGUACCUCUUGAUCAUGGGGAAAAAGCAAAACUUCUUGAAGACUUGGUACAGCCUCCAACCAUCACUCAACAGUCACCAAAAGAUUACAUUAUUGACCCUCGGGAGAAUAUUGUAAUCCAGUGUGAGGCCAAAGGAAAACCUCCUCCCAGCUUCUCCUGGACACGAAAUGGGACUCAUUUUGACAUAGACAAAGAUCCUCUCGUCACCAUGCAGCCAGGGUCAGGAACCCUUAUCAUCAACAUCAUGAGUGAAGGGAAGGCGGAGAGCUAUGAAGGUGUCUAUCAGUGCACAGCCAGGAAUGAACGUGGGGCUGCAGUUUCUAACAACAUUAUCAUCCGACCAUCCAGGUCACCAUUGUGGACCAAAGAAAAACUUGAACCAAUAGUACUUCAAAAUGGCCACUCUUUAGUACUUCCCUGCAGACCUCCACUUGGAUUACCACCACCUAUAAUAUUCUGGAUGGACAAUUCCUUUCAAAGACUACCACAAAGUGAGAGGGUUUCCCAAGGUCUGAAUGGAGACCUUUAUUUUUCCAAUGUUCUCCCGGAGGAUACCCGAGAAGAUUAUAUCUGCUAUGCCAGAUUUAACCACACCCAAACCAUACAGCAAAAACAACCUAUUUCUGUGAAAGUGAUUUCAGUGGAUGAAUUGAAUGACACUAUAGCUGCUAAUUUGAGUGACACUGAGUUUUAUGGUGCUAAAUCAAACAGGGAGAGGCCACCCACAUUUUUAACUCCAGAAGGCAACACAAGUAGCAAAGAGGAGCUCAGAGGAAACGUCCUGUCCCUCGAGUGCAUUGCAGAAGGACUACCUACCCCAGUUAUUUACUGGAUAAAAGAAGAUGGAACACUACCCAUCAACCGAACAUUUUAUCGGAACUUUAAGAAAACUCUGCAGAUCACUCAUGUUUCUGAAGCCGACGCUGGAAAUUACCAGUGUAUAGCCAAGAAUGCAUUAGGAGCCAUCCAUCAUACUAUUUCUGUCACCGUUAAAGCGGCUCCUUACUGGAUCAUGGCACCUCAGAAUCUUGUGCUUUCCCCAGGAGAAAAUGGGGCCCUAAUCUGCAGAGCUAAUGGCAACCCCAAACCGAGAAUCACCUGGUUAUCAAAUGGAGUCCCAAUAGAAAUUGCCCCGGGUGAUCCAAGCAGAAAAAUAGAAGGUGAUACAAUUAUUUUUUCAAAUGUUCAAGAAAGUUCAAGUGCAGUAUAUCAGUGUAAUGCCUCUAAUGAAUAUGGAUAUUUACUGGCAAAUGCAUUUGUGAAUGUGCUAGCCGAGCCACCACGAAUCCUUACAUCUGCAAACACACUCUAUCAGGUCAUUGCAAACAGGCCUGCUUUAUUGGAUUGUGCCUUCUUUGGGUCUCCACUACCCACAAUUGAAUGGUUUAAAGGAACUAAAGGUAGUGCCCUUCAUGAAGAUAUGUACAUUUUACAUGCAAAUGGAACCUUGGAAAUUCCUGUGGCCCAAAAGGACAGCACAGGAACAUAUACAUGUGUUGCACGAAAUAAACUAGGAAUGGCAAAGAACGAAGUUCACUUAGAAAUCAAAGAUCCAACAAGAAUCAUUAAACAGCCUGAAUAUGCAGUUGUGCAGAGGGGGAGCAUGGUGUCCUUUGAAUGCAAAGUGAAACAUGACCACACCUUAAUCCCCACAGUCACAUGGCUGAAGGACAGCAGUGAGCUGCCCAGUGAUGGAAGGUUCACAGUUGAAAAGGACCUUUUGGUGAUUGCUGAUGUAAGUGAUGAUGAUAGUGGGACCUACAUGUGUGUGGCCAACACUUCACUGGACAUGGUCUCUGCCAGUGCCGUGCUUAGUGUUGUCGCUCCUACUCCAACUCCAGCUCCCAUUUACGAUGUCCCAAAUCCUCCCUUUGAUUUAGAAUUGACAGAUCAACUGGACAAAAGUGUUCAGCUAUCAUGGACCCCAGGCGAUGACAACAAUAGCCCGAUUACAAAAUUUAUCAUUGAAUAUGAAGAUGCAAUGCAUGAGGCAGGAGUGUGGCACCACCAAACUGAAGUUUCUGGAGAACAAACUACAGCCCAGCUGAAGUUGUCACCGUACGUGAACUACUCCUUCAGAGUGAUGGCCGUAAACAGCCUUGGAAGAAGCUUACCCAGUGAGGCUUCUGAACAAUAUCUGACGAAACCUGCAGAACCAGACAAAAACCCUACAUUUGUGGAAGGACUAGGAUCAGAGCCUGACAAUUUGGUGAUUACAUGGAAGCCCUUGAAUGGUUUUGAAUCUAAUGGUCCAGGUCUUCAAUACAAAGUUAGCUGGCGCCAGAAAGAUGGUGAUGAUGAAUGGACAUCCAUGGUGGUGGCAAAUGUGUCCAAAUACAUUGUCUCAGGCACACCAACCUUUGUUCCAUACCUGAUCAAAGUCCAGGCUCUGAAUGAUGCCGGGUUUGCUCCAGAGCCAGCUGUAGUCAUGGGACAUUCUGGAGAAGACCUCCCAAUGGUGGCUCCUGGGAAUGUGCAUGUGAACGUGGUAAACAGUACUUUAGCCGAGGUGCAGUGGGAUCCAGUACCUCUGAAAAGUAUUCGAGGACAUCUGCAAGGCUAUCGGAUUUACUACUGGAAGGACCAGAGUUUCUCUAAGAGAAACAGACGCCACAUUGAGAAGAAGAUCCUCACUUUCCAGGGUAGUAAGACCCACGGCAUGUUGCCCGGUCUGGAGCCCUUCAGCCCCUACACUCUGAAUGUCCGAGUGGUCAAUGGGAAAGGGGAAGGCCCGGCCAGCCCCAAUAGAGUCUUUCACACCCCAGAAGGAGUUCCUAGUGCACCAUCGUCAUUAAAGAUCGUUAAUCCAACACUGGACUCUCUCACUUUGGAAUGGGAUCCACCAAGCCACCCAAAUGGCAUUUUAACUGAAUACACCUUAAAAUUUCAGCCAAUUAACAACACACAUGAAUUAGGCCCUCUGGUAGAUUUAAAAAUUCCUGCCAACAGGACACGCUGGACUUUAAAAAAUUUAAAUUUUAGCACUCGAUACAAGUUUUACUUCUAUGCACAGACAUCAGCAGGAUCAGGAAGUCAGAUAACAGAGGAAGCAGUAACAACUGUGGAUGAAGGUAAGAUGGCUGGUAUUCUUCCACCUGAUGUAGGUGCAGGCAAAGUAAUCCCCAAGAUCAGCAAUCUUACUACUGCAGCUGCUGAGACCCAUGCCAAUAUCAGUUGGGACUAUGAGGGACCAGAUCAUGUGAACUUUUAUAUUGAAUAUGGUGUAGUUGGCAGCAAAGAAGAAUGGAGGAAAGAAAUUGUAAAUGGUUCUCGGAGCUUCUUUGGGUUAAAGGGUCUAAUGCCAGGAACAGCAUACAAAGUUCGAGUUGGUGCUGAGGGGGCCUCUGGUAUUGUGAGUUCAGAGGAUGUGUUUGAGACAGGCCCAGCAAUGGCAAGUCGUCAAGUGGAUAUUGCGACUCAGGGCUGGUUCAUCGGUCUAAUGUGUGCUGUUGCGCUCCUCAUCUUAAUCUUGCUGAUCGUUUGCUUCAUCAGAAGAAACAAGGGUGGUAAAUAUCCAGUUAAAGAAAAGGAAGAUGCUCAUGCAGAUCCUGAAAUCCAGCCCAUGAAGGAAGAUGAUGGCACUUUUGGAGAAUACAGUGAUGCAGAAGACCACAAGCCUUUGAAAAAGGGUAGUCGAACACCUUCAGACAGAACUGUGAAAAAAGAAGACAGCGAUGAUAGCCUGGUUGACUAUGGAGAAGGGGUGAAUGGCCAGUUCAAUGAGGAUGGUUCCUUUAUUGGACAAUACAGUGGUAAAAAGGAGAAAGAACCAGCCGAAGGAAACGAAAGCUCAGAAGCACCUUCUCCUGUCAACGCCAUGAAUUCCUUUGUUUAAUUUGUAAGCUCUUUGCCAAUAUCCCGUUUCUCUGAAAUGUUUAUCUGAAGCACUUGUUUGUCAUCCUUCUCAUACUAUGAACAUAGAUGCAGAAAGGCUCUUUUCUGCUCUAUGUUAAUAUUGUGAGAACAAUCAGAGCAAGAAUAUAGUUCAGUUAAAUGAUACAUUGAUGUGAACUGCCGUGCAAAGUGGGUACUUUUUCAUUUAAAAUAGGUAUUCUUGAUUUCCUCAGAACUGAUAGAAAUGAUGCAACAUCAGCAGAUCAUGGUAUUUCCUCUUAAGGAUACAGUCCAAUAUGAUGCAUGAAAAUGCUAUACAGUUAAAGGACAUACCAGUGUAUGUUAUUCAAAUAUGGUUUGUACUCUGUUUAUACUAUCCUCAGCUGAACCCCUAAAUAUGAAUUCCGUUUUCAUUGUCAAGAGUGUCACUGUAGUGUUCUCUAGAACUUCAAUGUCUUUGUGGACAUUGUUGUGAAUUGGUGACUCUAUGUCUAGCUGUCGUUAGUCUUUUUUGGGAGACUGUUAGGAACGUAUGUACAUUAUAUACUUGCUAAAAGAUAAUUAUGACAGUUCCAUUUCCUGAUGCUUACUGAGACUCUGUUACCUGCUCCUUGCUCCUGUUACUCUGUAGACA